GUUAUGUAUAGAUUUUUCGAGAAGGCCUCUCUCUCUCUCUCUCUCACUCUCACGCUCUCUCUCUCAACAUAUACAGACAAUGGUGUUCCAAGAAGAGGAGAAUCUUGUGUACGGCCUGAAGCUCUCCUCCGUCGGGCCGGCCCGGGUGACGGGGACGGACGUGGUCCAUGAGCCGGCAGCCGCGGACCUGGCCAUGAAGCUGCACUACCUGAGGGGGGUCUACUUCUUCGCCGGCACGGCCGUGGAGGGGCUCACCGUCCCAAGGAUCAAGGAGUCCAUGUUCUCCUGGUGCAGCGACUACCACACCACGAGCGGCCGCUUCCGGCGCUCCGACUCCGGCCGCCCCUACAUCAAGUGCAACGACUGCGGGGUCCGGUUCAUCGAGGCCAAGUGCGACCGCACCGUCGACGAGUGGCUCCAGGCCGACCGCCACGGCUCACUCCUGAGGCUGCUCGUGUCGCACCAGGUCGUCGGCCCCGAGCUGUUCUUCUCCCCUACCUUUCUCGUCCAGGUGACCCAUUUCAAUUGCGGAGGCAUGUCAGUGGGCCUCAGCUGGGCCCACAUACUCAGCGACCCAUUCUCGGCCUCCGAUUGCUUCAACACAUACGGCCGAACCUUAUCGGGCCUCCUCCACCCCGACGUGCCAAAAGGGCCGAGAACACUUUCCGUGCCCGGAAGAUUGGCGGACCCGCCGAAGCCCGCGAGAGAACCCGUGUCCAUCAAACGGGUCGGCCCGGUAGGAGACAACUGGGUGGUUGACAACAGUUGCACCAUGGAGGCAUUCACAUUCCACCUUAGUCCAGACCAAUUGGCACGUUUGAAGUCAAAAGUGGGUGGGCAGAGUCAUGGAGAGCAAUUCCCACUGUUUGAGUCUCUUUGUGCCAUCCUUUGGCAGCUGAUAGCCAAAGUCAGGGCAGGGAAUGAGCCAAGCACUGUAACCCUCAUCAGGAAUGACCCAAGCAAAAGGGAGGAUGGACUUUUGAGCAAUAGCCUAAAGAUAUGCACGGUCGAGGCGGAUUUCUCAGUCGCUGGCGCCUACCCGGGAGAGAUCGCAAGGGCACUGGUCGAUAGAGCGCAGGACGAGAGCGGCCUCAUCGAGGAAGCUGUUGAACGAGAUGGCGGAGUGACCGAUUAUGUUGUCUACGGGGCAAAUCUGAGCUUCGUGGACUUGGAAGAGGUCAGCAUGUACGGGUUGCGGUUGAACGGUAACCAACCGAUUUUCGCGAGUUAUGUGAUCGAAGGCGUCGGAGAUGAAGGGGCGGUUUUCGUGCUUCCGGGGCCACCAAGUUCCAGCAAGGAUGGCGGCAACGGUAGGGCGGUGACUAUAGUUUUGCCGGAGAAUCAGUUGCUCCAGUUGAAGAGCGAACUGGAAGAGCAGGACAUGUUGGUUUAGAGCAUGUUGAGGCUCAUGCUUAGCGUAAUGUAAGAUGGAGAAUCUGAUCUGUGGAGUGUAUUAUAGAAUGUUCAGGUUGUGCGUGUAAGUUGGUAUUUGCGGCCCAAGGAGGAGACGAACUUGGGCUGCUUGUUGGGCCUUGUGAAAGAAAAGGAAUUAUAAUUUCCUCAUUAUCGGUUGGGCUGCUAUGUUGAAUAAAGUUUGUUGGCUACAUACCUCGAUUUUGUGAAA